CUUGGAGACAGCUAAAAUAACUGCUGUCCUUAGAGGACUGCUUUCAAGAACAAGGAGGUCUCUACCCACUUCAGCCUAAGCAGAAUCUUAUCCAUCAUGACUGCCAUCCGGCUACGAGAAUUUAUUGACCGCCACCCAGCAAUCCCACCCAGUAUAUUCAUUGUUCACCAAGGAAAGGAUCUCCGUGGUUAUUACACUGGGCAGCUGGCAAGAGUCCAUUAUGAUUAUAGUGUGAAGAGAUCUCCCAGACCUCUCAUAGACUUGGAAAUUCCAUCUAAGAAGAAAAGUCAGUAUCAGCCUCAAUUAGACCAACAAACUCUCAUUCAGUACAUCUGUUUUCGAAGAUGUUCAAAGCCUGCUGAACCAUGGUAUAAAGAAACCUCUUACCAAAGAGACUAUUCUUUGCCGUUUUACAAGAUGGAUUGGGACCGGAAAUUAGCCACAGUUUCAUCGAAUCCUAGACCACUCAAUUCACUGCCAGAGUGCUACUGUUGUGAAGGGAGGUGGCUUUGA